AUGCAAGCAGUACCACUUACCUCUCUGUCAAAUUUAAUAUAUUUAAUUUUUUUUUUGUUUGUUUCUUUCAGCAUAAAGAACGUCACUCCAAAAGUAGGUGAUGCUGAAACUCGUAAAGCCAUUCGCCGUGCCUUCGAUGUGUGGCAGAAUGUAACUCCUCUAACAUUUGAAGAAGUUCCUUAUAUUGAAUUAGAAAAUGGCAAGAGGGACGUGGAUAUUACAAUCAUUUUUGCAUCAGGUUUUCAUGGAGACAGUUCUCCCUUUGAUGGGGAGGGAGGAUUUUUGGCUCAUGCAUAUUUCCCUGGGCCAGGAAUUGGGGGAGACACUCAUUUUGACUCAGAUGAGCCGUGGACUUUGGGAAAUCCUAAUCAUGAUGGAAAUGAUCUAUUUCUAGUUGCAGUGCAUGAACUGGGACAUGCUCUGGGCUUGGAGCACUCUAAUGAUCCCACUGCAAUCAUGGCUCCAUUUUAUCAAUAUAUGGAAACUGACAACUUCAAAUUACCUAAUGAUGAUUUACAAGGCAUUCAGAAGAUAUACGGUCCACCUGACAGGAUCCCCUCACCAACAAGACCUCUGCCAACAGUGCCCCCACAUCGUUCAAUCCCUCCAGCAGACCCGCGGAAGAAUGACAGGCAACCUAAACCUCCCCGGCCACCCACUGGUGACAAACCUUCCUAUCCCGGAGCCAAGCCUAACAUCUGUGAUGGGAACUUCAACACUCUGGCUAUUCUUCGCCGGGAAAUGUUUGUUUUCAAGGAUCAGUGGUUUUGGCGAGUCAGAAACAACAGAGUGAUGGAUGGAUACCCCAUGCAGAUUACCUACUUCUGGAGGGGACUGCCUCCCAGCAUUGAUGCAGUUUAUGAAAACAGUGAGGGGAAUUUUGUCUUCUUUAAAGGUAACAAGUUCUGGGUUUUCAAGGACACUACUCUCCAACCAGGUUAUCCUCAUGAUUUGAUAACUCUUGGAAGCGGAAUUCCUUCCCAUGGCAUUGAUUCAGCAAUUUGGUGGGAAGAUGUUGGGAAAACCUACUUCUUCAAAGGAGAUAG